AUGACUCCUAGGUCUACUCGCUCUUCGGCGAGGCUUGCCACAGAUCUUUCUCUCGUCACUGAAUCUGCUGCAGCCCAACCUCAAUCUGCUCCAGCCUCAAGGAAACGUAAAGCGCCUGUGCGUUCUCGACCAGCAGCCCCGCCAGUCCCCGCGGUGACAUCGCCUCCUCGGCGGCGUUCGAAAAGACAGAAGACCUCAACACGUCCUCCUCCACCACCACCUCCCCUUCAAACUCUUCCUCCUCCGCCCCUUCCCACAAGUUCUCGUCAAUCUCGCCACACAGCUAUGUCACAACCUGGACCAUCCUCACGAGGAACAGAAGAUGCCAAGUCAGCAACUUCUCCAGCACCUUCGAGACGUCGAUCCGCAAGAAAUGAUCGAAUUGCAGCCACACAAUCCCCGCCUCCACGGCGUCAGAGAAAACGUUCCUCCAAGACAAACGCCGACGUAUUGAUGCGGGAUGCGGAGGACGAUGUGGAUGAGGAUGAUGAUCAUAAUGAAGAGCACGAAGGGACUCCGGCUGGCGAGAGCCAUGAUGAUGCUGCCACCAACCCUUCCGUCUUCGAUGAGGAUGAUUUGGAUCCAUUCCAGAGCAGUCUCUUUGGCGGUCGAGGCCCCAUGGGACUACAAAGCACUCUCCGAGCUCUCAGUGGCAUGAUGUCGGGCAUGCACACUCGACUGCGAGAUAUCCUCGCUAAUUUGAAAGCAAAGGACGACCCUUCUCUCCAGUUGAUUGCUCUCCAGGAGCUUUCCGAUCUUUUGCUAGUCUCUAAUGAGGAUAAUCUCUCCGGCCAAUUCUCCCCUGACCCGUAUGUUAAAGAGCUGGUCAGCUUGAUGCAACCGAAUCAGUUCGGCGAGGAAAACCCAGAGAUCAUGCUCCUGGCUUGCCGAUCGCUUGCUAACAUGAUGGAGGCUCUUCGCGGAUCCGUGGCCAACGUCGUCUAUGGUGGCGCUGUGCCAGUGCUGUGCCAGAAACUUCUGGAUAUCCAGUUUAUUGAUCUUGCCGAGCAAGCAUUAAGUACUUUGGCCAAGAUAUCCGUUGAUUUUCCGGCAUCGAUAGUACGAGAAGGUGGACUGACAGCAUGCUUAACAUACUUGGACUUCUUCCCUACAAGCACCCAGCGUACUGCGGUAACAACUGCAGCAAAUUGCUGCCGCAACCUCCCUCAUGACUCUUUUCCCGUGAUUAAAGAUGUGAUGCCGAUCUUGCUGAAUGUUCUUUCCAACGGUAGUGAUGCCAAAGUUGUUGAAAACGCAUGUCUUUGCGUCUCCCGUAUAGUUGAGAGCUUCAAAUAUCGGCCCCAGAGCUUAGAAGCGCUGAUUGAACCUGAAUUACUCAAAACCGUUCAGCGACUUUUGCUGCCUGGUACUUCCAACUUGGUUGGCCCACAUAUUCACACUCAAUUCCUACGUGUUCUUGCGAUCGUCGCCAAAGCUAGCCCCUCUUUGUCUUCAGCCUUGCUUAAAAUGAACGUCGUUGAUACCCUGUACCAGAUCUUGACUGGUGUGUCUCCACCUCCGGACUCAGACAAUACUUCCGUCAAGAUGGACAGUGUUUUGGUAAUGCAGGCGUUGAUCCACCGACCCCGCGAGCAGGUGUUUGAGACACUGAAUGUCAUCUGCGAAUUGCUCCCGAGUGUUCCCAGCGACAAUGCCUCUCGAACUGAUAAUCUUUUGAGUGCAUACUUCGAUAGUAAUAUGUCAAUUGGACUGAAAGCGCCCAAGGCAAAGGAGACCCCGGAAGAUAAACAGGCUAUGCUAGAAGAUUGCAAGCCCCAAAUCAAACGCUUUGCGACAAUCAUGUUCCCGACCUUGACUGACGCCUACUCAAGCACGGUCAAUCUGCACGUCCGCCAGAAGGUACUUAUUGCUCAUCUAAAAAUGCUUCACAUCCUAGACGCGAAAUUGAUUGAAGAUGCUCUACGUACCGUCCCGUAUGCGUCCUUCUUGGCUUCUAUUCUUUCGCAAAAGGACCACCCAUCCCUUGUAUCCCUCGCUCUACGUUGUUCUGAGCUACUAUUCGAACGUUCGGAGCACGUUUAUCAACAUCAGUUCCACCGUGAAGGCGUCAUUUCUGAAAUUGCCAAGUUAGCACAAGCGCCACUCUCUAACAAUGAGCAAGACAAAGGUACGGACGCUGAAAUUGCUCAUGACGUCGACAUGGACCGAGCUGAAGAGAACACCGAAGACGAUGAUGAUCUUGACGAUCAGGAUGAAGAUCUUGACGAAGAUCAAGAUGACGAUGAUUCGGACUCGGAUGCCUCGACCCCUUCUGGUCGACAAUCUUUGGCAAAACUUGACAUUGCUCUCAACGAUCUGGUCAUCCGAGAUGCCCAAGUUUUCAUCAAGUCCUACGAGCAAGGUCAGGGUGCGACUGUUCGGUCGGAAGCACUUAAAAUCUUGACUAACUUGCAGUCUUUGGCGACAAAGAUCCGGGCUUGUUACUUCUCCCGCAGUCCCAAGGAUGGUAAAUCUCUCUUCGAGACACUGGCGUCCUACUUCGAUGGAGAUGCUCUGGAAAGCAUAACUAGUUCAGAGCUGCAGAAUUCGGGCAUCAUUGAUGUACUCUUGGAGGUUCUAGGUGACUUGAAUUGCCCACACAUCAAGCUUGCCCGGUCGAGCUUCUUGAAAACAUUUAUGGGUGUCACUAUCUCUGAAAAGGCCAAAAGCCAGAGUACCGCAACUACGCCCUUCAGUGUCUUAAUUCGCAAGCUUCAAGAUUUGCUAAGUCGGACCGAGCAUUUUGAAGUUCUCACCGUGAGCCACAACUCGUUGGAGAACACUCGCAGUAAUGCUACAUAUAUGCUUGGAAAACAGCUUCGCCUCAAAUUGGCUGCGGAUGAGGGAUGUAAAGUUCCUGCCCCGUACAAAAACAUUAUGGUUUCGAUCCAUGCCAUCGCAACCUUCAAGGCGCUGGAGGAUUUCCUACACCCACGAAUCACCGUAACGGAAGCUCCACGGCCGUCUGGCUCUCGGGCCCGGAUACUUGCCCAGAUUGCCGAAAAUGCUCGUGUGCGCGACCAACUUGCUUCACAUUCAGCCAGGGGCUCAACUACGGGCAAUGCUUCUGAGAGUGCAGGUGGUGGACAUAUUGAUGGAUUUGACUCGGAGGAUGACGACGAUCGUGAAAUGCGGCGCGUUCGCGCACGAAUUGAUCAGAGCCUUGGGCGACAACUUGACGGUGGAGAUGAGCCCCUUGAGUGCGCUGAUGAGAGACAACUCAGUGGCGAUGAGGACGAUGACGACGACGACGGCGAAGCGCAAGAGGAUGAGGAGCUGAAUGCCAUCGUAGAUGAUCUUGAGGACGAGUUGGACGAUGAGCCUGUACAAGAUACCACUGCCGUCAAUAUGGAGGUGGCAUCCUCAGGCAAGGUCACCGCACGCAAAGAGGACGGAACCAGAGUCGGAACACCCUCUUUGUCCACCGAAGCAUCGAAGUCUUCUUCGCACAACUCUUCAUCUCGCACUACUGGGACCUCCCUGGCCACUGCUGGCCGCCCGUUCGCAUCGUAUGCUGCUGCCAUCACAUCGACUCCCCAGGACUGGCAUAUCGAGUUUUCUGUGGAUGGCAAGCCCAUUACAAGCGACACUACUAUCUACCGAGCCGUGCACCAUAAUCGUGCCAAUUUAGACGAAUCGAAGACUAAGAGCGUCUGGUCAGCCAUUCAUACCGUAACCUUCAAGCGCGUUCCCGGCCCUCCGCCCCCAGAGCCUUCAACGCUUCCCAGCAGCGGUGUGGAAACUAUCUCUGUCGGGAACAAUCUUGAGAUGCCAUCUUCUCUCAGUAAGGAUGCUACUACUGCUUCAAUUUUGCGCUUGCUCCGAGUUCUGCAUGACAUGAAUGCCACAAUUGAGGACAUCUUGACCGAGACUGGUGACCACAUUCUGAUCACCCCAGAGCCUCUGUCCCAGUUCAUCAACACCAAGCUUACCGCCAAGGUCAACCGACAGCUCGAGGAACCAUUGAUUGUUGCUAGUAGCUGCCUUCCUGGCUGGAGUGAAGAUUUAGCUCGGCUUUACUCGUUCUUGUUUCCGUUUGAGACCAGGCAUUUGUUCUUACAGUCAACUGCAUUCGGUUAUUCUCGUGCUAUGAUGAGAUGGCACAGCUCUCAAAGUGUAGAUGACCCCCGUCGUGAUAUGCGCCGCGAUGACCGAGCGGUGCUCGGCCGUUUGCAGCGACAGAAGGUUCGAAUCUCUCGCGCUCGCAUACUGGACUCAGCCAUGAAGGUCAUGGAGCUUUACGGCUCUUCCCCCAGUGUACUUGAGGUAGAAUACUUUGAAGAAGUUGGAACCGGUCUUGGUCCGACUCUUGAGUUUUACUCAACUGUGUCCAAGGAAUUCUCGAAGAAGAAACUCAAGAUUUGGCGAGAGAACGACUCUAACUCAUCUGGCGAAUAUUCCUUCGGCAACCGUGGUCUGUUCCCGGCUCCGAUGAGCGAUCAACAAGCUUCAACCGACACAGGAAAGAAACAAUUGAACAUUUUCAAGAUCCUUGGAAAGUUUGUUGCCCGCUCCAUGCUGGACUCGCGAAUAAUCGAUAUUUCCUUCAACCCCGCCUUCUUCCGUAUUGCCGAUACUUUAUCCUCCGUAGCCCCUUCACUGGGCACAGUCAAGGCUGUCGACGAAGACUUGGCCAGGUCGCUGGUCAUGUUGAAGCGUUUUGCCCAACAAAAGCAUGAUAUUGAAAAUGAACAAUCCUGGUCGGCCCAGGAAAAAGCCAAGGCUAUCCAGCUUAUUCAGGUGGACGGUGUGCAAGUCGAAGACUUGGGCUUGGACUUCACACUGCCUGGUUAUCCGGCCAUUGAGCUGACUCCCGGUGGCUCGGAUAUCGAGCUGACCAUCGAAAAUGUCGAUGAAUACGUUGACCUAGUCAUUGACAUGACUCUGGGUCGCGGCGUUCGACACUACGUGGAGGCCUUCCGAGUCGGAUUCUCUCAAGUGUUCCCUUACUCUGCCCUGCGUGCGUUUACCCCCAAUGAGCUGGCCAUGCUGUUCGGCCAAGCCGAAGAGGACUGGUCAAUUGAGACUCUGAUGGACUCCAUCAAGGCCGACCAUGGAUUCAAUAUCGAUAGCAAGAGUGUUCGCAAUCUGCUUCUGACCCUGAGCGAGUUCGACAAGCAACAACGCCGGGAUUUCCUCCAAUUUGUCACGGGAAGCCCGAAACUUCCUAUUGGAGGUUUCAAGAGUCUCACACCUAUCUUUACCGUCGUCUGCCGCCCUAGCGAGGCCCCCUUCACUCCGGACGAUUAUCUCCCCAGUGUCAUGACCUGCGUGAACUACCUCAAGCUGCCCGAUUACAGUAGCCUUGAGGUUCUCGGCGCGCGACUUUCAGUUGCCAUCAAAGAAGGACAGGGCGCGUUCCAUCUUUCUUAG